CAGCCUUACUCAAACAAGAUGUGUGUGUGUACGCAGUGAGUGUGUGAGAGCGAUUUAAAGAGUUUUCAUCGCCUGCAACCGAGAAGAGGUGAAAGAGGGGAGAACACUUAACCUUUUUCUCCCUUCAUCUACACGUGUGAUUCUUCUGUUUUUGCCUGAGAUUAAGGAAAGGAGGGAAUCACUUAAAGGAUUUUUUACGGACAAAACAGCAUGGCUCUGCUUAGCAUUCAAUGAUGAAACGCUUAGAUGCACGUGCACAUCUGAAGAGUUUGUUUUGAAGCAAACUUUUUUGCAUCUGGGAAUGUAAACAUUUGGGCUCUUUUUUGUGUUUUAUUUGUUUUUCAACCUUCUGUUGUUUGUUUUGUACCAUGCUUGAGACUCUUAGCUAACAGAGGCAGAGGUGCUUUCCUCAUUUGUUUUGGAUGAAAGCUGAGCGUGUGGGUUCAUAGUGAAAGUUAGUGAGUUUUACAUUAAAAGAGAGGAGGCAUGGAUUAUGAUCAGCGGGAACCUGAGCCAUGUCUCUCGGCAGCUGCCUUUGUAAACCAGCUGCAAUAUUCCAACAUCCUGGAGGGCCGUUUCAAACAGCUGCAAGAUGAGAGAGAAGCAGUGCAGAAGAAGACCUUCACUAAAUGGGUGAACUCUCACCUGAGCCGUGUCACUUGUAGGAUCGGAGACCUGUACACCGACCUCCGCGAUGGGCGCAUGCUUAUCCGGCUGCUGGAGGUUCUCUCUGGGGAACAACUGCCAAAGCCCACCAAGGGCCGUAUGCGCAUCCACUGUCUGGAGAAUGUUGACAAGGCUUUGCAGUUCCUGAAAGAACAGAAGGUUCAUCUGGAGAACAUGGGGUCUCAUGACAUUGUUGAUGGAAACCACCGUCUCACACUUGGUCUCAUCUGGACCAUAAUCCUUCGUUUCCAGAUCCAAGACAUUAGCGUUGAGACGGAGGACAACAAGGAGAAGAAAUCAGCCAAAGAUGCUCUGCUGCUAUGGUGUCAGAUGAAGACUGCAGGGUACCCGAAUGUCAACGUCCACAACUUCACCACCAGCUGGAGAGAUGGUCUAGCGUUCAACGCCAUUGUGCACAAACACAGGUCAGACUUGAUUGACUUUGAUAAUCUGAAGAGGUCUAAUGCGCACUAUAACCUGCAGAAUGCCUUUAACGUGGCCGAAAAGGAGUUGGGUCUUACCAAGCUACUAGACCCAGAGGAUGUGAAUGUUGACCAGCCUGAUGAGAAAUCCAUCAUCACAUAUGUGGCCACAUACUACCACUACUUCAGCAAAAUGAAGGCACUCGCUGUAGAGGGGAAGAGAGUUGGCAAGGUGCUAGACUAUGCUAUCGAGGCUGAUCAGCUGAUCGAGAAAUACGAGACUCUGGCCUCAGAGUUGCUGCAGUGGAUUGAACAGACUAUUGUUACCCUGAAUGACCGCCAGCUCGCUAACUCACUCAGUGGGGUUCAGAACCAGUUACAGGCCUUCAACACCUAUCGCACCGUAGAGAAACCACCUAAGUUCACUGAAAAGGGAAAUUUGGAGGUUUUGCUCUUCACCAUUCAAAGUAAAAUGAGAGCAAACAAUCAGAAAGUCUACAUUCCAAGAGAAGGCAAACUCAUCUCUGACAUCAACAAGGCAUGGGAGAGGUUGGAGAAAGCAGAACAUGAAAGGGAGUUGGCACUGAGAAAUGAGCUGAUUCGUCAGGAGAAGUUGGAGAUGUUGGCCGCACGCUUUGACCGCAAAGCAGCCAUGAGAGAGACCUGGCUUAGCGAAAACCAACGGCUAGUGUCACAGGACAAUUUUGGUGUUGAUCUGGGCGCUGUGGAAGCAGCCACUCGGAAACACGAGGCCAUCGAGACAGACAUUGAGGCGUACGGUGAGCGUGUGGCUGCUGUAGAAGCCGUUGCUCGAGAACUAGAAGCAGAGGAAUAUCAUGAAGUACGGCGCAUACUGGCACGGAGGGAUAAUGUGCUCAGGCUGUGGGAGUAUCUGAAGGAACUACUUGCUUCACGGCGAGAGAGGUUGAUGGCACACGGAGACCUGCAGCGCCUCCUGCAGGAGAUGAAAUACAUCAUGGACUGGAUGGAAGAUAUGAAGAGUCGUCUGCAAUCUCUGGACAGUGGGAAACACCUUCAUGACGUACAGGAUUUACUGCAAAAACACACUCUUGUGGAAGCUGAUAUAUCAGCACAGGCUGAAAGAGUGAAAGCCGUGCAGGCUUCUGCCAAGAGAUUUACGUCAAACGAACAGAACUAUAAGCCCUGUGACCCGGCGUUGGUUGAGGAGAAGGUGGAUCUACUGGGCCAAGCAUAUGGGGAAUUGGGCAAGCUGGCAGCGGAACGAAGAGCUUGUCUGGAUGACUCACGUAGGCUGUGGCAGUUCCUGUGGGAGCUGGGAGAGGAGGCAGCUUGGAUCAGAGAGCAGGAGCAGAUCCUAUCCGGAGGAGACUAUGGAAAGGACCUGAGCUCCGCUCUUCACCUCCUCUUUAAACACGAGGCCUUUCGAGAUGAGAUGGCAGCCCGGUAUGGCCCUCUGGGGAACAGCAUUGCUGGGGGAGAGGCUCUGGUAAAGGAAGGGCACUUUGGAGCACCUGAGGUGACUGAGCGAAUUAUGGACGUGAAAGCACAGUGGGAACACCUGGAGGAGGUCUCUAAGUUGUGUGAGCAGAGGCUACAAGAAUCUGUAGCUUUUCAUCAGUUUCAGGCAGAUGCAAAUGACAUGGAGGCCUGGAUACAGGAAACACUAAGACUGGUGUCGAGUCAAGAGGUGGGCCAUGAUGAGUUUUCCACACAGACUCUGGCCAGAAAACAGAGAGAGGUGGAGGAGGAGAUCCAGAGUCACCGAUCACUCACAGACUCACUGCAUGAACAAGCCUCAACACUACCUGCAGCUUACACACAGUCCCCACAGGUUGAGGGCCGUCUCCCAACGAUAAAGCAGCAGUAUGAGGAGUUAGAGGGUUUGUCAUCAUCAUGGAAACAGGCCUUAGAUGGAGCGCUUGCAUUGUACCGCAUGUUCAGUGAAGCUAGCGCCUGCCAGCUGUGGGUCGGAGAAAAAGAACAGUGGCUGCACAACAUGGAGAUCCCCUCCAAACUAGAAGACCUGGAGGUGGUCCAGCAGAGGUUUGAAACUCUAGAGCCAGAGAUGAACACACUGGGCUCUCGUGUUUCUGAUGUCAAUGAAGUGGCCCAACAGCUGCUUGGAUCAGACAACCGCAACAAAGAGCAGAUUAACCAGACACAGGACCAACUAAAUAACAGGUGGUCUGAUUUCCAGAGUUUGGUCAACCAGCAUAAACAAGCUUUAGAAUCUGCAUUGAAUAUCCAGAAUUAUCACCUAGAGUGUAAUGAGAUUAAGAGCUGGAUGAAGGAGAAGACCAAAGUUAUUGAGUCCACACAGAGCCUUGGAAACGACCUGGCUGGAGUCAUGGCCCUGCAACGCAAGCUUACUGGUAUGGAGAGAGACCUCGAGGCUAUACAGGGAAAGCUGGAUGACUUGCGUUCUGAGGCUGAGAAAUUGACUUCUGAGCAUCCUGAGCAGGCCGAGGAGAUCAUGGAUUGUCUAGCUGAAAUCCAAGAGGUGUGGGAGGAGCUUCGAGCCACCAUGAAGCGCCGUGAAGAGUCAUUGGGUGAAGCCUCCAAGCUCCAGGGCUUCCUCAGAGACCUUGAUGACUUCCAGGCCUGGCUGUCUCGUACACAGACCACUGUGGCGUCUGAAGACACGCCUACUUCUCUGGCAGAAGCAGAACAUCUGCUCGGUCAACAUGAGGCCAUAAAGAAUGAAGUGGACAAUUACAAGGAAGAUUAUGAGAAGAUGAGAGCUACCGGAGCUGAGGUAACACAGGGUCAAACAGAUGCACAGUACAUGUUCUUAGCCCAGCGGCUGCAAGCAUUGGACACAGGCUGGCAUGAGCUGAGGAGGAUGUGGGAGAGCCGCCACUGUGUCCUUGCUCAGGCCUUCGACUUCCAAACCUUGCUACGAGAUGCAAAACAGGCAGAGGGCUUUCUCAACAGCCAGGAGUAUGUCCUGUCACACACAGAGAUGCCAUCCAGCCUGCAAGGGGCACUUGAGGCCAUCAAGAAACAUGAGGACUUUCUCACCACCAUGGAGGCCAGUGAGGAGAAGAUCAAAUGUGUGGUCGAGUCAGGGCGGAGACUUAUAUCCGAUGGCAACACCUAUGAAGACAAAGUUCAGGAGAAGAUAGACUCUAUUCAGGAGAGACACCAGAAGAACAAGGAAGCUGCCAAUGAGCUGCUGACCAAACUGAAGGAUAACAGAGAGCUGCAGCACUUCCUACAGGAUGGACAAGAACUGACUCUGUGGAUAAAUGAGAAGAUGUUAACGGCUCAGGACAUGUCAUAUGAUGAGGCCAGAAACCUUCACAGCAAGUGGCAGAAGCACCAGGCCUUCAUGGCUGAGCUCGCUUCCAAUAAAGACUGGCUGGACAAGAUCGACAAGGAGGGUCAGGCGUUAGUGAAGGAGAAGCCUGAGUUGGAGCAGACAGUAUCUGAGACUCUGAGUGGUCUGCAGAAGCAGUGGGACGAGCUGGAGAGCACCACCCAAGCCAAAGCUCAAUGUCUGUUUGACGCUAACCGAGCCGAGCUCUUCACACAGAGCUGCUCGGCUCUGGACUCCUGGCUUCAGAACAUCUCCUCUCAACUCCAGAGCGAUGACUUUGGAAAAGAUCUCACCAGCGUCAACAUUUUGCUCAAGAAACACCAGAUGCUGGAGCAUCAGAUGGAGCUGCGUGAGAAAGAGGUCCAGUCUCUGCAGUCACAGGCCCUGGCUCUGGCCCAAGAGGAUACUGGGAUAAUGGAGGUGGAUGGACAGCAGAGAAGGGUGACUGGCAGCUUCGCUCAGCUGCAGGACCCUCUAAAACAGCGAAGGCAGCAUCUCCUCGAUUCAAAAGAGGCUCAUCAGUUCAACAGAGACCUUGAAGAUGAGAUAUUAUGGGUGAAGGAGAGGAUGCCCCUCGCCACAUCCACAGACCACGGCAAAGACCUGCCCAGCGUCCAGCUGCUCAUCAAGAAGAACCAGACACUGCGGAAGGAGAUUCAGGGUCAUCAGCCACGUAUCGAUGACAUCCAGGCUCAUGGUAUGAACAUGUCCCCUGGAAAGGAAUCGGAGCUGGACAAGGAGAGGAAAGCAGCUCUUGAUGGUCGUCUGGCAGAGCUGAGGGAAUUGUGGGCCCUCCUGAUUUCUGAGACAGAGCAAAGACAUGAAAGGCUAACAGAGGCAAACAAAGCACAGCAGUUUUAUGCAGAUGCUGCAGAGGCUGAGGCCUGGAUGGGAGAACAAGAGCUUCAUAUGAUGUCAGAGGAGAAGGCAAAGGAUGAGCAGAGUGCUUUGGUGAUGGUGAAGAAACACCAGAUUCUGGAGCAGGCUCUGGAGGACUACGCCCAGACCAUCCACCAGCUGGCCAACAGCAGCAGACUGAUGGUGAACAGUGAACAUCCAGAGAGUGAAAGAAUCACUUUGAGGCAGGCCCAAGUGGAUAAACUGUACGCAGGGUUGAAGGACCUGGCAGAAGAAAGGAGAGGCAAACUGCAGGAGAGACUGAGACUGACCCAGCUGAAGAAAGAGGUGGAUGAUUUAGAGCAGUGGAUCGCAGAGAGGGAAGUUGUAGCCGGAUCUCAUGAACUCGGACAAGACUAUGAACAUGUGACGAUGUUGCGUGAUAAAUUCCGGGAGUUUGCACGGGACACCAGCACAAUUGGUCAGGAGCGUGUGGAUGCAGUAAAUGCUCAGGCAGAUGAACUUAUAGAGUCAGGUCAUGCAGAGAACGCCAGCGUGGCCGAGUGGAAGGAUGGGCUCAACGAGGCCUGGGCUGACCUGCUAGAGCUCAUCGACACACGCACACAAAUGCUGGCUGCCUCGUACGAGCUGCAUCGCUUCCAUCAGGACGCCCGAGAAGCUCUGGGGCUCAUACGGGAGAAGGAGGAAACGCUAUCGGGGGCCAAACUUGGGCGGGACCUGAACACUGUCCAGCACCUGCUUAGACAGCAUACAGCCUAUGAACAUGAUGUGCAGGCACUCAGUGGGCAGGUCAUGCAGGUGCAGGAUGAUGCAGCACGUCUGCAAAAAUCGUAUGCAGGAGAGAAAGCUGAAGAUAUCCAACGCCACGUGCGUGCGGUCACAGAGGCCUGGGAGGGACUUCAGUCUGCCACUCAAGCCAGACGGCUGCUCCUGUUGGACACUGUUGAGAAGUUCCGGUUCUUAAACAUGGUCAGAGAUCUCAUGCUGUGGAUGGAGGGAAUAAACUUACAGAUCCAGUCACAUGACAGUCCGAGGGAUGUCUCUUCAGCUGGUCUGGUCAUCGCCAACCAUCAGGACAUUAAGUCAGAGAUAGAGACUAGAGCAGACAGCUUCACUUCUAGCAGCGAAAUGGGAUGCACCCUCAUGGACAACAACCACUAUGCUUCCGAUGAGAUUCAAGAGAAAUUGGUUCAGCUUCAGGCCAAACGCACUGAAAUUAAUCAGAAGUGGCAAGAGAAAAUGGACCACUUACAGAUCGUUCUGGAGGUGUUACAGUUUAGCCGGGAUGCGUCCAUGGCUGAGUCAUGGCUGGUGGGGCAGGAGCCGUUGGUCAGGGCGGCAGAAUUGGGAUCUAAUGUAGACGAGGUCGAGAGUCUCAUCAAACGCCACGAAGCCUUUGAAAAACUGGCAACAGGCUGGGAAGAACGCUUCACACUGUUAGAGAAGCUCACCACGCUGGAGGAACAGGAGAUUCAAAGAAGAAGGGAAGAGGAAGAAAGAGCCCGGCGACCUCCCACACCUCCUCCAGUAGAGGAAGUGGUACCGUCUGAGUUGAACGAUUCUGCUGCAAGGACGAGUCUGGACCAGACGACAUUGAACCAGUCAGUAUCUGUCAAUGGUGCCGACAGUGACCAGGACACAUCACAGUCAUUAUCGGUCUCAGUAUCUGAACUCAAGAAACCUGAACCUAACCCAGAGACUAAACCUCAAUCUAACCAAGUUUCUAAGCCUGUGCCUAAACCACACAAGGCACAGGAGCGUGGAUCAGAAUCGGAGUCUGUAAACGGUCCAGGCCGUGACAGUGGUCUGGACUCAGCAUCACGGCAAGACCCUUCAGCAACACUGCCAGGCCGAGGAGGAGCAGAGGCGGCCACAGAAGCAAUGGAGGGCAUGCUCUGCAGGAAACAGGAAAUGGAUUCGCACAGCAAAAAAGCAGCCACCAGAUCGUGGCAGAAUGUGUAUUGUGUAUUACGUAAAGGCAGUAUGGGCUUCUAUAAGGACAACAAAAGUGCCUCAAAUGGAAUCCCUUACCAUGGAGAAGUUCCCAUCAGCCUCAAUGAGGCUGUCUGUGAGGUUGCCCAUGACUACAAGAAGAGGAAACACGUAUUUAAACUUAGGCUUGGAGAUGGAAAGGAGUUCUUGUUUCAAGCAAAGGAUGAGGCUGAAAUGAGUUCAUGGAUUCAAGCAAUCCAAACAUCCAUGUCAUCUGACGAACGUUCACCGGGUGGCACACGGGGUCUGAGUCGGGCAAUGACCAUGCCACCUAUCUCUCCCAGCUCGGGCGAGGCAGGAGGUGUGGUCAUGCGCAACAAAGAAGGCAAAGAGAGAGACCGUGAAAAACGCUUCAGUUUCUUUGGCAAGAAGAAAUAAGCACCCAAAUAUGUCACAGAUCUCCACAAUGAGGGAAGUUUGUCAACACUCAAAAGAAACUGAAAAUGGUAGAAAUGGAGAAGCAAACUCGCAUGUCACAAUGUGAUAAAUUUUUUACAUUCUUCAACUCAAUUUAGUUUUAUUCAGCUCAUUUCACACAUGGAUCUUGUUUAAUUUCGCAUCUUAGCUAUCGUGGCACUUUUGGCCUGAAGUGCCAGGGCUUCCCUGGAGAGGAGGGAGUGACAUUUCUGACUAAGACCAACUCCCAGAACAAGAGCCAACGCAGUAGAGGCUUUGUGAAAGUUCAGCUCAUACCUUUCAAUUUGACUAGUUUUCUCUUCACUUUUUUUUUUCCUCAAAAUAAUUUUAGCUUUGCACUAGAUAGCAUUUCCAUACUUUAAUGUUUGAAAGACCAAGAGUGCUGUUGUUAUUGUUUUCCCCUGAUCAUUUAGUUUUUCUGUCUCAAUUUCAACUUCUCACUUUCUUUGUGAAGGACCACAAUCCUUUUUUGGAAUUGCUUUGGCAAAACUAAAGAUUUAAUUGUUAUUGCUACUAUUAAUAUUGUUUAUUUGCAUUUCUGAGUCCAUUUAAAAUUUAUUAUUUAAAAAAAAUAGUAAGUAUAGUUGGUGGUAAGGGUCACGUUCAGAGAGGGCAAAGCAACAAAAAAAAACGGCCAUGGGUCAAAGGUUUGCACUGGUCUACGACAUGCUCUUCUAACUGACCAUUUUUGCAUUUGUUUAUUUUACUAGAUAUGACUGUGUUUUAUAAAAAAAAGUAUAGUUAUUUUUGGCUUGCAAGUUUAAGAGGAAAAAACUAUUUAUAAUGGUUUUAGUUUUAUUUUAUCUAUGAGCUCAGUUUCUCUGUUCUCCCUCUUUAAUUCUGAUUGAGUGAUACUUUGAGAUCAAUGGGUUGUGUGGCUUUUUCAUUAGUUCAUCUGUUCCCUUAAACUCAUCUGUUGCUGAAAAGACAGUGUUGAUGUGAAAAUUGGAAUUUGAGGUGUGAUGCUGUGGUUUGGACUUUGGUUUACUCUUGCUCUAAAGCAUACAGACAAAACACAAGAAUCCCUUGCACAAGCCAACAUUAAUCUUACAAAGAAUUGUGAGGAGGGGCAUAUAUUUUCAUUCUUGAUGGUUUGAUUUCAAUAUGUAGACGACCAAGUUUCCUAUUAAAGAGUUUUUCGUAUUGAUUCUCAGGCGUCAGUUUUACCAGUCACACACAGGCGUACACAUGCACAUGUUUUUCUCUCUCUUAACCUUACACUUGACAUAUUUUUAUAUGGAUUAGCAUCUUUUCUGAUUGCUGAAUUAGGGAUUAGUGUCAGUGAUGCUCUUGAAGGUUGAUGCUGUUUUUUAUGUGUGUGUGGGUGUGUGUGUGUGUGUGCCUGCGUACAUGUAUACACAAAAGAAGUUGCUUUCAGGUGUAUCAAUUGUGAAUGUGCUUAAAAACUCUGAAUGUGACACAAAAUGACUUUGGCAUUCUUAUGUGGACCAAAUCAACAGUUUUUUCCCCCUUCAUGGUGAAUGAGAUAAUCUGCUCCCUUUAUUUGUAAGAGUAUGAGUUAGAAGAUGAGAUUAUCUUCCUUGGAGGAAUGUGACAUUUUUACAGCAUAAUUAAUUAUAUAAUUGCAGGUUUUAUACUUGCGGGGCAGGAAGGAAUUAUCUCCUGGUAACAGCAAAGUAACAUAAGGCAGGAUCCAUUACAAUUGACCAGACUAGAUUUCAAACAUACUUUUGCAGUUAUUCAAGAGCAUGACAUGUAGGAUACAAAUGUACCCACUGUGGCAUGAAAUCAGUAUUUUUGUAGGAUAAAGAUUUUUCAGUCUAUGAUUGUGAGAAAGCUUGCCUUGGUGUGUUGAUACUAUUGUUUUUUAUGAGGUUUUUGAUGUCAUACAAUGAAGCCCCUUCCUCUGAGAUGAGUGGAGUAUAAAGCAGUGUACACUCUUACGCAAUUGUCCAUGCCAAUCAUCUUUUUCUUUUUUUUUUUUUUUUUGGAGAUUCAUUUAAGGGGUAAACAGAAACCUGCCUUUUUUCUGUGAUGUUUGAUGUGACGCAAAAUUAUAAAGACUCCAUGUUAAUCCUGUUCCAGCCUUCUAAAACAGCCAAUAACCAUCUUUCCAGAUUUCAUUGAUGGGAGAAUGUCACCAAAACAAACUUAAAAUGUAUUCUGAUCAGAUCAGAUGUUCUCCUCCCUAAAGAAUAAAAGUGUCACUGAGGUUGAAAAAUCUAGUUGUAGACUAGUGAUUUUGCUCACUGAACACUGUCAUUGAGAAUUGGGAUUUGUUUAGCCUGAUCCUACAUGCAGAUAAGUUUGAGACUGUAUGUGCUACUGAAUUUAGUCACUACUUUUAGUUGUUUCCCGAGAUCAGUUCCAAGAUGCACUGGUUUACAAUUUUUGUCUCACUUAUUUGCGCUGUUGAUUUUCUUUCCUAUUAUUUUUCUCUUUGUUACAAAUUUCUAGUCUUCCCCUCAUCUUUUUUUUAGUUCUGUCAAGUUGGGAUGUUUUACACUGGCUAGAUGGAUAGUUGCAUUGUGGAAUAUAAGAAUCCAGAGAAGAGAGUAGAUUUCUGUGAAUUUCAAAGUUCUGGUUAGUGAAAUUUUUGGGCAAAUGGAGAAUUAAUGAUAAUUUUAUUGCAAUACAUUUAUACAGUCCGUUCUAAGAGGGAAACUCAUCUCUCAGUAGGAGAGAGCGUUUCCUCAUAGUGCUGGGCAUUAAAUUAGAUAAAAUAUUGUUUUUAAGCAUCUUUUUUUCCAGAUCCAGUAGUAGUAUAUUGUGCAACAUUAUAAUGCGUCUUCAAAAAUAAUCCCACCAAACUCAUUGAAGAACCAUAUUUUAAAGAAUAUAAAUUCCAUUCCUCUGACUUUAAAUCUGAGUUGUUAAUAUCAUUACUAUUAUAUGUUAUUGUUAUUAUUAUUAUUAUUAUAAAAUUCAUUAUUAAUAUUACUAUAAUUAAUUCUGCUGUUGCAACUGCACCUCGUGUAAAAACUGCAGUUUAUUCCUGCUGAGUUUCUCGUCUGUAAUACCAAACCCCACCAAUUGGGGGAAGUGUGCUGUGGAGCAUUUUUUUUUUUUUCCCAUUAAUGAUGUUAACAAGAAAAAUACUUGUUUGUGUAUCUACAUCUAAUAUUAGGAAUAAAACAUGGUUUGAA